AUGCAGGCACGAAAAAAAUGGUACAUCGUUGAUCGUAAAAAGGAACUGAUCAAGGUGCGCGGGUUCCAAGUUGUGCCCCCAGAGCUGGAGGCAGUCCUACUCUCGCAUCCCCAGAUCGUUGAUGCAGCGGUUAUCGGUGUCCGCGGUGUUCUCCCGGAGAGUGAGCUUCCCCGAGCGUAUGUGGUGAGACGUCCAGGCAGCGGUGCAAAUCUGACAGAAGACGAGGUGAAAAACCAUCUCGGAGAAAGACUAGCCAAGUACAAGGCAUUAACGGGGGGAGUGAGGGUUCUGGCCGUGAUCCCUAAAAAUGCAAGUGGAAAGAUCCUCAAGACGCUUCUGAGGGAGGAGAGCCAGAAGGAAUUCAGGGAUGGGAAGGCGAAAAUGUAA